AUGCAUUUCGCUCCCUUUCUCGUUUUCCUUGGAGGCAUAUCCUCCUCCCUAUGCCAGGUCGUUGGAACUCCUUAUGGCUUUGCCAAGGGCGUCACUGGCGGUGGAAAUGCUACUCCUCAGAAGCCCAAGGACAUUGCCCAACUCAAGUCAUGA